AUUUGGAAAAAACACCCUGCAAUGGCCAAAACAACUUUCAUCUCCUAACUGAACACAGCGAAAGCAGCUUUCUCCCCCUUUUCGAUCUCUCGUUUGUUCGUGUGGUCUGGGUGCAAGUGGAACAUGUCUUCGUCUAGGGGCUUCAUGGCUGCUUCAGGUAUGCUAAGAAGCCGUCUCAAACCGUCGCUCCGUACAAGAGGCGGAGGAGAAGGGCCGAGCCGGUGGACAAGCCCCGGGCACCAAGAACGACCAAACGGUUACCUCUUCAACCAAACCCCGCCACCACCCGGUCAGUCUAGAAAAUGGGAGGACUGGGAGCUACCUUACUACAUCACCGGCUUCCUCACCGUCGUCAUCCUCGGCGUCGGUCUCAAUGCUAAGCCCGAUUUCACCAUCGAGACUUGGGCGCACAAGAAAGCCCUCGAACGCCUCGAGCAACAGAAGAUCGCGCUCUCCGCAGAAGAAUCCGAGUAAUUCGUGUUUUGGGUAUGGCUAAUUGGCUCUACCCUUCUCUUGUUAGUAUGGUUCUUUUAAUGGGUCCUAAGCUGUUGGGUCGAUCUUGGUCUGGGAAGGGAAGAAUUCGUGUUGAUAAAUGAAGCUCAUGUAGUUCAAUAAGGUCUUAACUUUUGGAAUCGAUCACUUGGGAACCUUUUAUUUUGUUUUAUUUGUAGUGGGUGAUAAAGAUAAUGAACAUGAUAAUGUUUUUGAGAGUUUUAUACAUAAUUUUUUUACUGAAUUGAA